AUGACUGUGGUAAGAAAUGUGAAAAAUCAUGCUUUGAGUUUGGUGUUUAAUGGAAGACAAAUUAAAGUAUUGCAUGAUAAUACUAUCACCACUACUUCUACUCCUCCUCCUUCCACUACUACUACUACUACUACUACUACUACUACUACUACUACUACUACUACUACUACUACUACUACUACUACUACUACUACUACUACUACUACUACUACUACUACUACUACUACUACUACUACUACUACUACUACUACUACUACUACUACUACUACUACUACUACUACUAAUCCAAUUGAUUAA